UUGUAUUUCAGUGGACUGACGACGGUCGGUCGACUUGGACGGUUGGUUUCCGGUGUGUUCAGAAGUAAUUUGGUAAAAAAAAAAACUUCUCCGAGUCAUUUGCCAUAAGAGCAUAAUAUUGUAUUAGUUUACUUGGUCCGGGCAAAAAAUGGGUAAAUCGUUAUUGUAUUUUUCCGGCUCGGCGGCCGUGCUGGCGGCGAUUGUUUACCUGAAGACUUGCCACCGACCGGAAGUCCUACCGGAAGCGAUGCCCGAAGACGUGUGGUGGGGACCUAAGUACGACGAACACUUGGACGGAAACACCGAUAUCCGACCGUUUCGCAUUAACAUCACCGACGAGGUAAUCGAUGAUCUCAAGCACAGACUGAGGACGGCCAGGCCGUUUGCCAAACCAUUGGAGUCGGUGAACUUCGAGUACGGUUUUAACCACGAUUACCUGGCAAAGGUCGUCGACCACUGGCUGAACCGAUACGACUGGGCUGCCAGGCAGGCACACAUGAAUGCUCUGCCACAAUUCAAGACCCGCCUGUACGGUCUGGACGUUCAUUUUAUACACGCCCGGCCGGCGGCCACCGGCAAACACCGUGUGAUACCUUUGCUGAUAGCCCACGGGUGGCCGGGAUCCGUCGUGGAGUUCUACCGGCUCAUACCGAUGCUGACCAAGCCCAGAGACGGUUUCGACUUCGUGUUCCAAGUGAUAGCGCCGUCGCUGCCGGGCUUCGGGUUUUCCGACCCUGCCGUGAGACCGGGCAUGGGACCCGCACAAAUUGGCCAGAUAUUCGUGGAACUCAUGGACAGACUAGGCCAUAAGAAGUUCUACGUCCAAGGCGGCGAUUGGGGUGCGGUUAUCGUGGAAGCCAUGGCCAAACUCUUUCCGGAUAGGGUAUCUGGAUUGCAUUCUAACAUGUGCAUGGUUGGUAAUCAUUUAGAUUUAUGUGAUUUCACGCGAUUAGUGUUGGGUUCGUAUUGGCCAUCGUUAGCUGUCAGCAGUGAAAUGGAACAGCAGCGAACAUAUCCUCUGAGCAAAUUGUUUUCGAUGACCCUAGAAGAAACCGGUUAUAUGCACAUACAGAUGACCAAACCCGACACUGCAGGAGUUGGUUUAAACGAAUCACCCGUUGGAUUGGCAGCGUGGAUUUUAGAAAAAUUUUCCAUCGGUACCAACUUAAAACACAGACAGAUGCCGGACGGCGGGCUUUCCAUGUACGACAUGGACGAUUUGUUGGACAACGUUGUAGUUUACUGGAUUUCCGGUUCUAUAACUACAUCGAUGCGAUUGUAUUCAGAAUACGCCAGUGCUAAAUACCGGUCCCUUCCGCAUAACAAAGCUCCAGUCAAGGUGCCAGCGGCUUGCGCUAAUUUCCCGCACGAAAUAAAUGUCACUUUGAGUUUGAAAAGGUUUUUAAAAAAGAAAUAUACAAAGCUGAUCAGAGUCACCGAAAUGGCGGACGGUGGGCAUUUUGCUGCUUUCGAACGACCCGAAUUUCUUUCCAACGACAUCUGGACAUCUAUUAAAGAAAUAGAGCAAACUUAUUACCUAACCUAACCUUACUAAUACCCUCUCGUUAUAAUAUCAUAUUAUGUAUGAAGUGUUUAAUUUUUAAAUCGUACCAGGAACGAAUGGGAUUUACGUUAAAAAUGGGAAAGUUUGAUUUUCCUUCCUAAAAAUCGAGAAAGAACAAAUAUUGUUCAAAUUUUACAAGUCAUGUUCGAAAAUAAUAAUUUAUCAUAUUGAUCGUUACAAAUAAAAUUAUUCAUACUACAAUUUUCAGCAAAUUCAACUCAUAACGUUUAAUACGUUACCGGUUGUAGUAUUAAUUACACAUUACUUAAUAUUUAUUCCUCCAACAUUUUUAGUUAUAAUUUUAGGUUAUACAAUUUUUAAACACAGAACAACCAUCAUUGAAAUGUAAUUGUAUAUUAUAAAACAAAAAUAUGGUAUACUUUUUCUUACUUAAAUUUAUUUUUGAAGCGCUGCUACUUGGCGGGAAAACGUUGCCAAACAUCGGUUUGGGGUCAUGUUAAUUUUAAUUUAAUAGAAAACUAUUUUUACGAUUAACAUAAACUUAAUGUAUUAUACUUUGUCUAGUAACUACUAAGGUUUUCAAUUUUGAAUCAUUUCGUUCAUGUAAUAAAUAUGCAACUAUUACACUGUC